UACAUAUAACUGCACCUCUUUCACUCGAAAGUUCAUUCAUAUUUUGAUCUCGAGCGUUGAGGAUGAGGCCUCGGCCAAUACAAGGGACAGGAAUGAGAAGCAUCGUAUCGGUCAUUCUUCUUUUGCACAUGGGGUUCAUGGUUUGCCAUGGAGCCAACCCCUGUUGCGCAGACCCAUGUCAGAAUCGAGGUUUCUGUACGGCGAUGGGCUCCGACUCUUAUGAAUGUGAUUGUACGCGCACUGGAUAUUACGGUCAAAACUGCACCACACCCGAGUUUCUCACAUGGGUGAAGGUGUCUCUGAAGCCCACUCCCAACACUGUCCAUUACAUCCUCACCCGUUUCAAAGGCUUGUGGAAUAUUGUCAACAGCUUGUCAUUUGUGCGCAACGCCAUAAUGCGCUAUGUACUCACAUCACGCGCCCAUCUGAUCGACAGCCCUCCAAUAUACAAUGCUGACUAUGGUUACAAAAGCUGGGAAGCCUACUCUAAUCUCUCCUACUAUACUCGCACACUGCCUCCUGUACCGCACGAUUGCCCAACGCCCAUGGGAGUCGCAGGUAAGAAUGAACUGCCAGAUGUUAAGGUUUUGGCUGAGAAACUUCUAAUGAGGAGAAAGUUCAUCCCAGACCCUCAACGCACUAGUCUUAUGUUUGCCUUCUUCGCUCAACAUUUCACUCACCAGUUCUUCAAAACCGACCAAAAGAAAGGUCCAGCGUUCACAACAGCCUUAAAUCAUGGGGUUGACUUGGGUCACAUUUAUGGACAGGGGCUUGAUCGCCAACACAAGCUGAGACUUUUUAAAGACGGCAAGCUGAGAUAUCAGAUUCUGGAUGGUGAGGUGUAUCCUCCAACAGUCAGUGAGGUUCAAGUCGACAUGCACUACCCUCCACAUAUACCUGAGUCGCGGCGCUUCGCUGUGGGUCACGAGGCCUUCGGACUGGUCCCCGGACUCAUGAUGUAUGCAACCAUCUGGCUGCGCGAACACAACCGUGUGUGUGAUAUUCUAAAACAGGAACAUCCUGACUGGGACGAUGAGAGGCUGUUUCAGACCUCAAGACUCAUUCUGAUUGGCGAGACAAUUAAAAUUGUCAUCGAAGAUUACGUGCAGCAUCUGAGCGGCUACCACCUGAAGCUCAAAUUUGAUCCUGAACUUCUCUUCAAUGAACGUUUCCAGUACCAGAAUAGGAUCUCAUCUGAGUUUAACACGCUUUACCACUGGCACCCGCUUAUGCCAGAUGUAUUUCACAUCCGAGAUGAAGUCUACAAUUACCAGCAGUUUCUUUUCAACACGUCGAUGGUGGCUGACUAUGGCAUCAACAGCUUGGUUGAGUCAUUCACUAAACAGAUAGCUGGACAGGUUGCCGGAGGACGUAACAUUGCUCCAGCUGUUUUAAGGGUGGCCAUAAAGUCCAUUGAAGACAGCAGGCAAAUGCGCUACCAGUCUAUCAAUGCCUACAGAAAACGCUUCAACAUGAAGCCAUACAAAUCCUUUGAGGAAAUGACAGGAGAAAAAGAGAUGGCUGGAGAACUAAAGGAGAUGUAUGGGGAUGUAGAUGCAGUGGAGCUUUAUACUGGUCUGAUGGUUGAAAAGCCCAGGACCAAUGCCAUCUUUGGAGAGACCAUGGUGGAGAUGGGUGCCCCCUAUUCCCUUAAAGGACUAAUGGGAAAUCCCAUCUGUUCACCCGAGUACUGGAAACCCAGCACGUUUGGUGGUCAAGUGGGCUUUGACAUCAUUAACACUGCCUCUCUGCAGAAGCUUGUUUGUGAUAAUGUCAAAGGGAAGUGCCCUAUGGCCUCCUUCUCUGUACCUGAUGAUUAUCAGCAGUUAAGAAUGUCUGACAGACUCGUCGACGAGGAACCAGUGAGCGUAACUCAGACAGGACCAAAGGGUGUGAUCAAUGACUGGCGUCGAUUUAAACUGGAGAGCAUGGACCAGGAGGCUCUACCUCCCAACAAGAGAGAGCUGCUGAGACAGAUGUCCUCCCCCCAAAAACCAAAAGAUGCCACUGCGGGUGGAUAUAACCGAAAGAUGAGCGCCCAGGAGUACGAGCUGAUAAAGGAGGAGGAUGAGAGGAGUCUACGCAAGUACCGUAAGCAGUGCAUGCAAGAGAUGCACGAGAGCCUGAGCUUCGGCCCUAAAUUCGAAGGUGUGUACGAGCUCGACAAUGGCGAGGCCUUUCUGGAGGUGAUCGAGAAAGAGCAUCGCCUCACAGUGGUGGUGGUCCACAUCUACAAAGAUGGAGUUCAUGGGUGUGAUGCCCUCAACAAUUGCCUGGAUUGCCUGGCCACCGAAUACACCAGCGUCAAAUUCUGUCGCAUUAAUGCGAUUUCUACAGGUGCUGGCGAGCGGUUUUCAGAUGACGUGCUGCCGGCGUUGCUGGUGUACAAGGCUGGAGAGCUGCUGGGAAACUUCCUGGCCAUUAUCCAGAAUUUCAACGAAGAGUUCUUUGCUACCGACGUAGAGGCCUUCCUCAACGAGUAUGGACUGCUGCCGGAGAAGGAAAGUAACCCUGGUGAUGAAGAUGAAGCAGACGUGGAGUGA